UUCCUUAACCCUUUUUGCGUAGAAUCUAAGUACCCCCUUCUCUUUCCUUUCUUCUUUCUUUUGGUUUCAAUAGCUACUUGGUACCUGGGCAUAUCCAUUACUUUACUCUAUUCCCUUUAUGAUCGUUUUUUUCAUGACUUAUUUUAUUCUGAUUCUUCAGAUUCCGUUGUCUCUGCAGAUUCUUAAUCUCUUUCUGGUUAAAAGUUUCUAGAGGAUGGUCAUGCUGCAGUUGAAUUUUGAAGUUUGGACUCAAUGCAUAGCCUUUGUUUUUUUAACAAGCUCUUAUUAGUCUGCCAUUUUUCCUUCUAUGUAAAUUAUGGAAUAUAUUUUCCUUACCUACUCCUGGGGCAUAUUUUCAGACAAAAGUUUGCCAACCUGAAGGUAAAUAAUUUUGCAUGAAAUGGGUUGGUUUACCAAGUUGCUUAAGGGCUCUGAUUAUAAAAUUUUACGAGGGCAAUACCAUGGCAAAUAUGGAGAGGACAGAAUUUGGGAUAAUCAUCAUAGUUCGAUGGAUGAUUUGACAGAUAUUGAGAAAGAAGACAUUGACCGUGCAAUUGCACUUUCUCUGUCAGAGGAGGAUCAUAAAGGGAAAAAAGUUGUUGAUUACGACUCUCAAUCUGAAGAUGAGGAACUUUGUAAAAUUGAUGAUGAGGAAGAUGAACAUCUUGUUAAAGUUCAUCUAGAAGAAGAAGAACGUCUUGCUAAAAUUCAACAAGAAGAAGAAGAACGUCUUGCUAAAAUUCAACAAGAUGAACGUCUUGCUAAAAUCCAACAAGAGGAUGAACGUCUUGCUAAAGCUCAACUUGAGGAAGACGAGCAACUUGCUAGGGCAAUUCAAGAAAGCUUGAAAAUUGGUUCUCCUCCUCGAUAUGACAACGAUUCUUCAAUUCUAUCUUUUCCUCACCUCUUUCCCCCCGGAUACAGAAUCUGUGCUGGAUGCAAGACUGAGAUUGGCCAAGGAAGAUUUUUAAGUUGCAUGGGAGGUGUCUGGCAUCCAGAAUGCUUCUGCUGCCAUGCAUGUCAUCUUCCAAUCACUGAUUAUGAGUUUUCCAUGUCUAGCAAUCGCCCUUACCAUAAAGCAUGCUAUAGGGAGAAGCAUCACCCAAGAUGUGAUGUUUGUAAGAACUUUAUCCCAACUAAUUCAUCUGGUCUCAUUGAGUAUAGAGCUCAUCCUUUCUGGCUACAAAAAUACUGCCCAUCACAUGAGCUUGAUGGCACUCCUCGUUGUUGUAGCUGCGAAAGAAUGGAGUCUAGGGAUACAAAAUAUCUUUUGCUUGAUGAUGGUCGAAAGCUAUGUUUAGAGUGUCUAGACUCAUCAAUUAUGGAUACUCAUGAAUGCCAACCUCUUUACCUUGAAAUACAAGAAUUUUACGAAGGUUUAAAUAUGAAAUUGGAGCAGCAAAUUCCUAUGCUCUUGGUUGAGAGACAAGCUCUGAAUGAGGCUAUGGAGGGAGAAAAGAAUGGUCAUCACCACUUACCUGAAACUAGAGGGCUAUGCUUGUCAGAAGAGCAAACUGUCACCACCAUUUCAAGGAGGCCAAGGAUUGGAGCAGGCUACCGAGCCAUAGACAUGAUAACUGAACCUUAUAGGUUGAUCCGUCAUUGUGAAGUGACAGCCAUUCUUGUUUUGUAUGGCCUUCCUAGGUUGUUAACAGGAUCAAUCCUAGCUCAUGAGAUGAUGCAUGCAUGGCUUAGGCUUAAAGGUUAUCCUAACCUCAGUCCAGAAGUUGAAGAAGGAAUCUGCCAAGUCUUGGCUCAUAUGUGGUUGGAAUCAGAGCUCUAUUCUGGAACUGGGAAUGACGGUGCAUCAUCCUCAGCAUCAUCUUCUUCUUCAUCAUCGCCUUCCUCUUCUGUUUCAACAAAGAAGGGUAAACGGUCCGACUUUGAGAAGAAACUUGGUGAAUUUUUUAAACACCAGAUUGAGUCAGAUACCUCUUCAGCAUAUGGAGAUGGAUUCAGAUUGGGUAACCAAGCAAUGCUCAAGUAUGGGCUUAAAAGGACCCUUGACCAUAUCCAUAUGACAGGAAGUUUUCCAUAUUGAGAAUUGAAAAUUUGAAAGAAGAUAUAAUUUUCUGACUUAUACAUUGACCAUUACCGCAGCUUGGUCAAUAAACUAUAUAGUUCAAAGUUUCCAAGAUCAUAUAGUUUAAUUCUAGACAAAAUAAGGAAUAAAAUUGCUCCUCUUUCGUUGUAGUUCCAUAAUUUCGUGUCAAAUGUGGCACCGCAUACUCUAUAUGUAUAAUUAAAUACUACUCAGGAACUGAAGCAAUGAAAGUAUAGAAUUAAUGUUGUAUCUCGUGUUUUGCUGA